ACCCUCCCAAUACCAGCUUCGAUUUUCUUCAACCAAGUCCCAAACUGAGAACUGGGUGCUAUGAAAAGCUUGAUCUUUUGAGGGCCAAGUUGAUUUGAAUCUUCCUCCUAAUUUUGAUUCCUCAACUUUUGGGAAAAGUUUGGAAUUUUAUGAAAGUGGUUUAGCUCUUCAUUUAUGCAACAUAGACUCACCAGAGUCAGUUCCACUGAGCACAGAUACUGAAAAGAGGUUUUUGAUUCAUUCAGCUAUGGAUUCAACUUGUGCUGCCCUGAGUGCCAAUCUAGUUAAAGUUAGCAAGGGAGUUGGAAGGAACAGAGGAAGUGGGUUUCUCGGUGAGAGUUUAAACACAAGAAGAGUAUUGAGCAUUAAAUUAUGCAAGACUUCACAAACCCAUAGCAACCUUAGAAACUUGAAGCCUGGAACUGGAAUUGCACACGCUGUUCUCACAUCAGACAUCAACGAAGAGUCCAUGAUGGCAUUCCAGGAGGUACCCACUUUUGAGACUCCCAAAGCAGACCCAAAAAGUGUAGCUUCAAUCAUAUUGAGUGGUGGUGCUGGAACUCGUCUCUUUCCUCUUACUAGCAGAAGAGCCAAGCCCGCGGUUCCAAUAGGAGGGUGUUAUAGACUCAUAGAUAUCCCGAUGAGCAAUUGCAUCAACAGUGGCAUCAGAAAAAUAUUCAUUCUAACACAGUUCAACUCUUUCUCCCUUAACCGCCACCUGUCUCGCACAUACAAUUUUGGUAAUGGCAUGAAUUUUGGAGACGGUUUUGUUGAGGUCUUGGCUGCCACUCAAACACCUGGAGAAGCAGGGAAGAAAUGGUUCCAAGGGACAGCUGAUGCUGUGAGGCAAUUUAUAUGGGUUUUUGAGGAUGCUAAGAACAAGAAUGUUGAGAAUAUAUUGAUACUUUCUGGCGAUCAUCUUUACCGAAUGGACUAUAUGGACUUUGUACAGAAACACAUUGACACAAAUGCUGAUAUCACAGUUUCAUGUGUACCCAUGGAUGACAGCCGUGCAUCGGACUAUGGGCUGAUGAAAAUUGAUAAAACAGGACGGGUUAUACAGUUUGCAGAAAAACCUAAGGGAUCAUAUCUGAAAGCAAUGCAUGUUGACACAACUCUCCUUGGAUUAUCUCCAGAAGAAGCAAAGGAACAUCCUUAUAUUGCAUCCAUGGGUGUCUACGUGUUUAGAACUGAGACCCUGCUGAAACUAUUAAGAUGGAGCUAUUCUUCCUGCAAUGACUUUGGAUCUGAAAUUAUCCCAUCUGCUGUGAGCGAGCACAAUGUCCAGGCAUAUUUGUUCAAUGACUACUGGGAAGAUAUUGGAACUAUUAAGUCCUUCUUUGAUGCAAAUCUGGCCCUAACAGAACAGCCUCCAAAAUUUGAAUUCUAUGAUCCAAAGACACCUUUCUUCACUUCCCCAAGAUUCCUACCACCCACUAAAGUAGAAAAAUGCAAGAUUGUGGAUGCAAUUAUUUCUCACGGUUGCUUCCUGAGGGAGUGUAGUGUUCAACAUUCUAUUGUUGGGGUACGCUCACGUUUAGAGUCCGGUGUGGAGCUUCAGGAUACCAUGAUGAUGGGUGCUGACUACUAUCAAACUGAGUCUGAAAUUGCAUCUUUGCUGGCAGAAGGAAAGGUUCCUAUUGGUGUUGGAGAAAAUACCAAAAUCAGGAAUUGUAUAAUCGACAAGAAUGCCAAGAUAGGAAGAAAUGUGAUUAUUGCAAAUGCCGAUGGUGUGCAAGAAGCGGAUAGGCCCAAGGAAGGAUUCUACAUUAGGGCAGGCAUCACGGUUAUACUGAAGAAUGCUACAAUUAAAGAUGGAAAAGUUAUAUGAAGCACUUAACAUUAUCCAGCGGGUC